CAAUGCCCAGCUUAACAUUUGUGCUAAGACAAACCCCUACGCUAGACUAGAUCUAUUGAAACCUUAAGUUCCAUUACAUAUUUAGACUCAGAUCGAAAGGUACUGUUGUUAUCGGUAAACAGUGACUUAAAGAUUUUUUUUCAGAUAGUUAAAUAAAGUGGGAGAGAGGAAUGAGGAUUGAGGCGGAAAUAGACCAAAGUAAGAAGACCAGAGGGAGGAUGGGUGUGGCAGAACGUAAGGGCGCUAGGGAAACAGACAGUCCAUGUCAGGGAAUCCAGUCCAUGUUUUCCUGGCCUCUCUCUGCAGGGGAGAUUAUGCUGCCUUUACCCCAGCCAGCCCAGCUCUGUCCCCAGAGAGCUCACACUCUCGCAGGACUGACCAGGCAUGGAGAGGCCACAGCACACUUCCAGCUAACUUCUGUUCGAGCAGGGAGCUGAUCGGCUGGCCCAGAAUGCUGGGUGGGAACACUGUGGACGAGUGACAGGCAUCACCUCUUCAGUUGGACACAACAGGACUCAACGUGUCCCACCACCACCAUGGAGUUUGGCGAGCUUUUUCCCGACUACCGAAGAACUUUGCUGAUCACCUUGGUGCUGUUCGAUCUGGGUACGCUGUUCACUGCGUCAGCAGACCUGUGCCUCUCAGCACCGUGUCAGAACGGAGGUAUCUGUACAGACAACACGGGCGACUACACGUGCGUCUGCCCGACAUGGCCGGUUCGUUACUCGGGCAAAGACUGCGACGAGCUCUACGACCCGUGCGCCCACGACGCCCCCUGUGCCAACUGUACCAGCACGCUGGGCACCAGCGACUACACCUGCCACUGUCCCCCUGGUUACCAAGGUGAGCAGUGUCAGCAGGGGAUCGGACACUGCUCAGAGGAACCCUGCCAGAAUGGGGCCACGUGCGUGGGCAUGGCAGAGGGUUAUGAGUGCCAGUGUGUCCCGGGCUUCAAGGGGAGGGACUGCGAGGAGGAUGUCGGUGACUGUAAGUCACAGCCCUGUCAGAACGGCGCCAUCUGUAAAAACGUGCCCAACGGGUAUCAGUGCUUCUGUGUCCCGGGUUUCCAAGGCUUCCACUGCGACCUGGACAUCAAUGAGUGUGUGUCGCGGCCGUGUAAGAACAAUGGGACCUGUGUCGACGAGGUGGAUCACUACAGAUGCAACUGUGUGCUGGGCUACAAAGGGGUGAACUGUGAGGUGGAGAUAGAUGACUGUGAAGAGGAGCCCUGCCAGAACGGUGCCACCUGCCACGACCACGUGGCCACGUACACCUGCGAGUGUACGUCCGGAUACGAGGGCGAAGACUGCGAGCUGGACGUUGACGAGUGCGCCAGCGAGCCUUGUCUGCAUGAGGGCAUGUGUACCGACCUAGUGGACAGCUAUGAGUGUGACUGUAAUGGCACAGGCUUCACAGGAGACCAGUGUGAAGAGGACAUCCCUGAAUGUGCUUCUGAUCCUUGCCAGAAUGGAGCCACCUGUGUAGACGGGACCAACCAGUAUGCCUGUUCCUGCUGGCCAGGUUAUGAGGGCGAUCACUGCCAGGUAGAUGUAGAUGAGUGUGAACUGGAGCCCUGUGAGAACGGAGGAGAAUGUUUCCAGCGCUCCGAGCUGCUGCACUAUGGCGUGCUGUCUGGACUGAGGAACACGGAGUUCAACUAUCAGGAGGCAGCAGGGUUCCUCUGCCACUGUCAAGCUGGGUUUGCUGGAGAGAGCUGUGAACGGAAUGUGGACGAGUGUGAGUCGGCCCCGUGUCAAAACGGAGGGAGCUGCGAGGACCUGGUCAAUUCCUAUGAGUGUGCCUGUCGACCUGGAUUCACAGGUGUGCACUGCGAGGUGGACAUUGACGAGUGUGAGAGCGACCCCUGUCAGAACGGAGGCUCCUGCGUUGAUGGUGACAACUCCUACACCUGCCACUGUGUGGGGGCGGAGCCAGGGGAGGACCCGUGGGGUGACCGCAACUGUGACGUUCGUCUGAUUGGCUGCAGGGAACACCAGUGUGACAACAGGGCCACCUGCGUGCCCACCCUAAGCGGAGAACAUGAGCACGGACACGUCUGCCUCUGUCCCCCGGGCUUCACCGGGAAGCGCUGCACUGUCCCCACCACCUUCUCCUUCGAAACGGAUGGCCACAUCGUCAUCCGGCUCCCUCAUAUGGCUAACAGUAGCACGGGAGAAAACACCCCCUCUCUGCCACAGCAGGCGCUCUGCGUUAAGCUGCGCUUCAGGACCACCCUGCCUGACGUACUACUAUUCUACAGGGGGACUGAGGACUACUUUGUGUCCCUGGAGAUUGUGCAGGGUUUCCUCCAGGCUAAAGCUAGGUCAGGAAAGGACUUAAAGGCCACCUACCGACUUCCUGUGAACGACGGGGACUGGCAUGAAGCCAACGUGACCAUAGACGAGAAGCUGGCGCUGACGGUUAAAGGACCGGUCUGUGACAACGACGACGGGUGCAAGGUGGAGGAUGAAGCGCACAACAAACUCAUCUUCCUUUCCGGACCACUCCCUGAGGUCUUUGUAGCGGGCGUCCCCGAGAAAUAUCUGGAUAACACGGAAAGCAGGAAGGGUUUUAUUGGAUGCAUGGAGGAUCUACAAGUUGACCACCUGCUGGUAGAGCCUCAGAAUAUCUCGCUGGAGCACUUUCGGAGCAUGAAGCUAGGCUGCAAUAAGACGGACUGGUGUCAUCCUGACCCCUGCAAUCAUCGGGGUCAGUGUGUUGACCUGUGGACAAACUUCAGAUGUGUGUGUAAUCGACCCUAUCACGGCUCCCGGUGUGAAAAAGAAUUCCCUUCAUGGACAUUCAGCCAUGAAGACACAGUGAGCUAUGCAGCCUUCAACUUCAACGAAACCGACAGGGAGAACCUGAGCAUCUCCUUCUUCCUGCGCUCCCUGAAGCCCAACGGCCUGCUCCUCCAGCUGAGGAGAGGGAGGAGGGCGUACCUCUCCCUGUACUUGCGCGAGGGAACCCUGGUCAUCAACAGCCCCCCCACCACUCUGUUCUCCAACGGGUCCUAUAUCACCGGCGGGAAGAGCGAGCCGGUCUCCGUGGCACUGGGGCCGGACCAGGUCCGGUUUAGCCGGGCCGGGCCACAGCUCCGCCUGGGGAAGGUGAGGAUGGAGCGUGGGGAUGUGGUGUACCUGGGGGGUCUGCCCCCGGGGGAGACCACAGCCCCAUGGGGUGGUCACUUCAAAGGCUGCCUGCAGGACAUCACCCUGGACAACAUGCACCUGUACCCCAGCCACACCAACCAGUGCCACGCCCCCAACGAGCACCGGUGCUUCUUCCCAAACAAGGCUGAGAACGUGUUGGACGACUGCGUCAGCGAUGAGGCAUGUGAGCCCGGUCCCUGUCAGAAUGGAGGAACGUGCACGGUCACCUGGAAUGACUUUGAGUGCACCUGUCCCAUGAAUUUCUCCGGCAGGAGGUGUGCCACUCGGGUUUGGUGUGUCAGCGACCCAUGUAUGAAUGGAAGUCGGUGUGUGGAUCUAGUGGACGGUUAUGAAUGCCUCACCAACUCCACCUUUAAGAACAACGCUCUGCAAUUCACGGCCAGUGGCUCGCUGGUCACCGCGGUGAGCAGUGUCUCCAUGGACAUACGGACGCGGGAGGAGAAUGGCGUGCUUCUGCGGGCCGCCAACGGAACCGAAGUCUUCUGCCUGGGUCUUCUCAACUCCUCCCUACUCGUCAAACUGCAGAGCGGCAGCAGCCUGGAGCUGCAGGCGUUCAGCAGUGACAUGCUCAUCUCAGAUGGAGCCUGGCACCACCUCCACUUGGCCAUGGAUGACCCCCUGCAACCUGUGUCCCGCUGGCGCCUCACCGUGGACGGGCGCUGGGCGGGAAGCUCCCGAGGCAACGCCAGGCAUCUUAACUUCCUCAACGAUGCCACAGUGUGGCUUGCUGAGAACUACACGGGCUGUCUGGGUGAAGUGAGAGUGGGGGGGGUCUAUCUCCCCCUGGUGGAUGGCCAGGACUCCCCCCAGGCGGCCCGAUUUAUCCGGCGGAGUGGUCAGGGGCCCAAGGUGGGGUGUUUCGGUGAAGAUGUGUGCCUGUCCAAGCCCUGCCUCAACCAGGGCAUCUGCCAGGACCUCUGGAACAUGCUGACGUGCAGCUGUGCCCCAGGCUGGGAAGGACGACUGUGCCAGAGGGACACAGACGACUGCGCUUCGGAUCCCUGCGCUCAUGGCACCUGCACAGACCUGCUGGCAGACUACCAGUGUGAGUGCCACAGAGGAUGGGGGGGCAGGGAUUGCAACGAGGUGGUGGACAGCUGCCAGGGACACAAUUGUACGAACGGGGGCUCCUGCGUGAGCGAGAUGGGCACCUACCGGUGUGUCUGCCCCCCUGGAUACACUGGGAACCGCUGCCAGUCCAGAUUUGACAUGGAGACGUGUGAUGAGACCAAGUGUGACAAUGGCGGGAUGUGUUUGGAGGGGAUCUGGGGCAUUAAUUGCACCUGCAAGCCAGGAUACACUGGGGACUGGUGUGAAACAGACAUCGAUGAGUGUGAGUCCGAUCCCUGCUUUAAUGGUGGUACCUGCCUGGACAAAAUCAACAGUUUCCAGUGUUUGUGUGUGUCAGGCUACAGUGGCACACAAUGUGAAAGCAAUCGGCAGGAGCACAGGAACCGUGUUCCCUGGCUGGUGGUGGCCAUCCCUUUGGCCAGCCUGAGUGUGCUGCUGGCUGUGUUGGCCCUGGUUUUCAUGGUUCUGACCGCCCGCAAGAAACGCCAGUCGGAAGGCAGCUAUGACCCCAGUGCCCAGGAGAGGGCAGGCGCACGGCUGGAGAUGGGCAGUGUGCUCAAAGUACCCCCAGAGGAGAGGCUCAUAUGAACAUGGCACACGAUGGGAACAAACCACUCUACCCAGCUGCAGAGACGCACAGAUUGGCCAGACUCAUGGAGGGGUGUCCAGGGGGUGAUGUAGACAUCAUGCCCUGACAAUAGUGCUGUGUCAUGCAGCUGGUUGGACCCAGAGCUGCUUCGGCCGUAGGAGGUGACGGAGUCUGACUCAGAGAUAGGGAGGGUGGAGGCUGAAAGAGCCUGUCUUCUACCUGCGAGUCUCAUCAGCUGGUCCCCUCCCUGGACUGAUGGACCAGCAUCUACCAACAACUACCUGUGAACACUGUUAAACCCACAUUGAUUAGGAAAUGUCACACUGAGACUGAUGGUAAUACAAUAUGUUUCUGGAUGUGCACUAACAGGCAAACCACUACACCAACCAUGGGCUAUUUUUUUUUACUUGUAAAUAAUUCUCUCUAUUUUCGAAAUAUACAAUAUGUGUUUGUUCAUGUGCUAGAAUCUGUAGAUUGGAUUGAGACCACUUUAAUGCUAUCUUGAAGUAUUCAAGAUGCCACAGUAUUCAACAGGUCUCAUUUAGCCAAACAUACAGUCAUGGGGUUACACAGGGUUACACAGUUCUAGUGAUUUUACUCUUUUUUUGUUAAAAAGAAUAAUAUAUUCUGUACAGAGGAUUAAGGAUCUUACAACCAUUUCUGGAAAUCUAGGAAUUUUGUGGAAGUGGCCAGAUGUUUGUAACCCUACACGUAUCCUUUGCUCAGCAGUGCCACUAAACAAGCCAAGUGACCAAUUUAUAUUCUCACUGUCCAAAGGUGCUGAAGUUAAAUACUGUGCUGUAGUUAUUUUUCUGUAUGUUUUUUCUUAUACUAUAGCCUAAAUGAGCUGAACAAAACUAAGGCUAUAUAUUAUUUUUUUAAUGGAAUUUGCUUGAUAUGACAUUCAUUGAAGACACUUGAGGCAAAUCAGUGAAAGAUACAUUUUAAAUAUCAAUGAACGUCCUGUGAUGAUUGUAUAGAUAUAUGUGUGUAAUUUUGUAAUGACAAACUAACAGAGUACCAGGCAGGCUGACAGAAAUACACUUCCAGGUAAACUGGUUCUACUCCUUUACUGCAGGGCUAAGAGAUGUACCAGAGAAAAUGGUACUGGGUAUAGGCUGAUGUCAGCUCUGCUCAAUGCUGGAUUAUACAGAGUACAUUCCAGGGUUGGUGUCAAUUCAGGAAGUGAAUUUUGCCCAAUUAAUUCAGUAAGGGAAUUGACAAUUAUAUAAUGAAUUGAGUCAAACUGCUACUCUCUGUAUGCACAUCUACAACUGUGGAACUACUGGACAAAUCAGUAUACCAGCUGUGAACAGUGUAAAAGGAGCUCACACUGGACACUCAAGCCGCACCAAAUGCAGCUUAAUAGUGUGUGAUACUGGGUCGGGCUGAGGUAGAUUACACUGGGGUGUGCAGGGAGUGUUAUGGGAUUAUUCUGUACAAUGCGACUGGAAAGCAACGCUGUUGUAUAAUGAAAUUGUAAAGAUCAAACGUUUCUAUUGGAUUUACAUAUUUAAUGAUGGAAAAGAGGUCUUUAGAAGGAUAAUAAAAUACCAUGAAUGAAUGGAUUAAUUGGA